AUGGUGAAGUUGGACGUGACGCUCCUCCGCUUCAUGGAGGAUGAAGACUUCCGCGUUCUGACGGCGCUGGAGAUGGCGAUGCGCAACCACGACGUCGCCCCCACCGCCCUCGUUGAGCGCAUUGCCCAGCUGCCGCACGGUGGCUGUCGCAAGCGACUGAACACGCUGCUGAAGCACAAGAUGAUCCACCACGAAAACACCAUGUACGACGGCUACGCCAUGAAGUACGGCGCCUACGACUACCUGGCACUGCGCACGCUGAGCCGCCGAGGCACGUGCACGGGCGUGGGUCACCGCAUCGGCUGUGGUAAGGAGUCCGACAUCAUCCUCGUGCGUGAUGACAACGGGCACGACUGUGUGCUGAAGCUGCAGCGCCUCGGCCGCUGUUCGUUUCGCACCGUCACGCGCAAUCGCGACUACAAGGGAAAUGGACGCACGCGCCACGGUGAGAGUUGGUUCUACCUCUCCCGCCUUGCCUCGCAGAAGGAGUACUCGUUUAUGAAGGUGCUGUAUGACGAGGGCUUCCCAGUGCCGAAGCCGAUUGACCAGAACCGACACGCGCUGCUGAUGGAGCUGGUGCCGGGGACGCUGCUGAACAACAUCACCGAGCUCGGCGACGCCAGCAAGGUCUACCGGCGCGCCCUCGAGCUGAUGGUGAAGCUGGCGGAGGCGGGGCUCAUUCACGGCGACUUCAACGAAUUCAAUUUGAUGAUCACCGAAGACCAGCGCGUAAUCGUUAUCGACUUCCCGCAGAUGGUGUCCACCAACCACCCGAACGCGGCGGAGCUGUUCGACCGCGAUGUGCACAACUUAGCCAACUUCUUUCAACGCCGCUUCAAGGUGGAGACGACGUGGUUCCCUACCUUGGCGAACGACGUGGUGCGUCAUGGGGAGUUGGACAAGCAGGUCUACGCGAGUGGGCACUUCACGCACAGGCAGCAAGAGGACCUUGAGCGUCUGAUGGAAGAAGGUUUCCAGCGUGCGAAGGAGGAAGGGGGCGGCGAAGGCGCUGACGCAGAUGGUAGUGAUGAAGAGGAAGAAGAACAGCAAGACGGUGAGGAGGGCAACUCCGAUGUGAACGAUACCGACAUCGACGAUGGUGAGGAAGGACAGUUUACAGCCGUGCUGCGUCGCGCUGCUGCUACUGGUGCUGAAGAGGAUGGUAAUGGUGACGGUGAAGACGACGGUUCCAGCGAUGCCGGCUCACUCGACGAGGCAAUGGAAGGCGCCCGUGAACUCCGCCAAGGCGAAUACUACGCCCGCAACGCGAACCGCAACGCAAACUUCUUGGCCGAUGGCGAGAUCAACGAGGACCACGUGAAACACCAGAUUCGAAAGAACAUCCGUCGCAAAGACAACAGCGACUUCAACCGCCACCUGCACCGCAACGUGCAGAAGGGCCGUCAGAAGCAGAAAAUUCAACGCCAGCUCAAGAGUUCCGGUGGCGGCGGCUUUUUUGACUAG